AAGUUCUACCUACUUAAGCAAAAACAGAGCGAGAGAAAAGGAAAUCAUUUUUUUGGGGUUUAAGGCAAAACAAGAAAAGGUUUCUGCAUCUGCGUGCGUUCUUGACACAAUAUUCACUGCAAUUCUACACUCUCCAAUGGUUUCCACCUUCACGUGGUUUCGCUACCUUAAAUCCAAAGCUCAAUACUCCAUCGCUCUCGGUUUCAAGAAUCAUAAAGGAGGUACUCUCAAAGAUAAUGAGCUCACAGAUUUUCUUUGGAAGCACUUCUGUCAUGGAAAAAUGACCUUCUUGCACUGGAAUAAAGGAGAGGAGAUGGCUCCUACUAUUGCUGGAAAAGGAGCAACUCUUCUUGUUAGGAGAUUACCAAUUCCAGACCCAAGACAUGUUUAUGUAGGAGAUGUUGUGGUCUUGAAGAAUCCUGAAAAGCCAGAUGACUACCUAGUCAGAAGACUAGCUGCAACUGGAGGUUAUGAAAUGGCUUCUACUAAUGAAAAGGAUGAAUCAUUUAUUCUUGACCAGGAUCAGUGUUGGGUAGUUGCUGAAAAUGAAAAAUUGAAAGUCAAGGAAGCAAAUGAUAGUCGAACAUUUGGUCCAAUUCACAUGACGAACAUCGUAGGCAGAGUCCUAUACUGCCUGCGAAGUGCUGUAGACCAUGGCCGUGUACAGAACAGUCCUUUCAGCAUGCAAAAUGAUUCACCAGUGUUGGAAGUGGAACUUGAUGUUGAUGAGAUGGCAAAAAGCCACAAGGCCUGAACUUUAGUUCCGAGAAGCCCUAACUUCUUGAGUUUACCUAUCCCUUUAUUUCUUGUUAUGGAUAUUACUUGAAAUAAGGAUAAAAAAUAAAUAAAUAUAUGAUUUUGAAAUUGUUGCGAUGGGAUGGUGGUAUUAGAUAAGUCUGCAUAUUAGACAAUUUAUUGAAUCUUUUCCCAACCAGAAAGUUUGAAGCGGCUUGUGUUAAAGAUUGAGUUCAACAUUGUUGUAAGCUGAAGUUUUGGCAAAGGACUCCUCUGCCUCUUGUUCUAUUUGUUAAUCAUUUGACUCUAAA